GGUUCCACGGAGUACUAAGCCUACACUAGCGGACACAGAAAAACCCUAGCCAAAUCCCACAACAAGUAUAUGACACGCGUAUAAAUAUACUAUCUUUAGCACCGCAAAUUUUUAUAACUCUCAAAACCCUAACUUAAAAAUAUCUUAAAAACUAGGGUUUUGCAGAGCUCCCGCAGUUUAAACUUUUCGUUUCACUACUCCGUAGACAAACAGUUAAUCAGUUAUGGGCAAAUCAAGCAAGAAAUCGACCCCCAAGGUUGAUGCUGCUCCUGCUGUAACCCCUGCUUCCAAGUCUACAAAGAAAGGUAAAAGAGAAGCUGAGGAAGCUAUAGAGAAGCUUGUGAGUGCAAAGAAACAGAAGAUAGAAAAGGGGGCUCUUCCUGUUCAGAAAGAAAAGAUUGAAGUUAAGACUCAGAAAAAGAAGAAAGAGGAAUCAAGCAGUUCCGAUGACUCCUCUUCUGAGGAAGAACAGAAGGCUAAGGUUGUAACUAAGAAAGUUUCCAAGGCGGUGAAACAACCUGUUAAAGAAUCUAGUAGUGAUGAUUCCUCUAGUGAUAGUGAUGAUUCCUCUUCUGAUGAUGAGGCUGCCAAAAUAACUGUACCUUUGAAGAAACAGCAAACAGCUACCAAGAAUGGCUCUGUUGCUUCUGCUAAAAAAGGCAAGGAGGAUACCAGCAGUUCAGAUUCAUCAGAUGAUGAAUCUGAUGAGGAUGAGGUGCCUCCUGCCAAAGCUGUUGUUCCUCCUAAGAAGCAGCUGACAGAUGCCAAAAAUGGCUCAGUUGUUGCUCCUGCUAAGAAAGGCAAAACCAACAGCAGUAGUUCGGAUUCUUCAGAUGAUGAAUCUGAUGAUGAUGAGGUGCCUCCUGCCAAAGCUGCUAUUCCUCCAAAGAAACAGCAAUCAGAAGCCAAAAAUGGCCCAGAUGGUGCUCCUGCUAAGAAAAAGAAAGUAGAUAGCAGUUCAGAUUCAGAUUCAGAAUCUUCUGAUGAAGAUGAGAAAAAACCUUCUAAGCCAGCAUCCCAAAAAAAGUUGUCAAGUUCUGAGGAGUCUAGUGACAGCUCUGAUGAAAGUGAUUCUGACAAAGAAAAGGGUGCACCUGCUUCUAAGAAGGCUCCUGCACCAGUUACCAAUAAAAAAGCUGAUAGUUCUGAUGACAGUGAUGAUGAUUCCUCUGAUGAGGAUAAGCCUCAAACAAAGGUUGUAAAAAAGCAGGAUAAAAUGGUCAUUGACAAAGAGGAGAGCGAAGAUGACAGUUCUGAUGAUAGUGAUGAUGAUCAACCCAAGAAUAAGAAGAAAGAAAGCAGCAGCGAUGAGAGCUCCGCUGACAGUUCAGAUGGCGAGGACGAAAGUGAAGAUGAAAAACCAUCGAAGACCCCAAAGAAAAAGGACACUGAUGUGAAAAUGGUAGAUGCAACUCCACAGGCGACUACCAAGAAGCCCAAAACUCCAGUGACUCCUCAAGUUCAAUCUACAGGAUCAAAGACAUUGUUUGUUGGGAACUUGCCGUUUCAAGUUGAAAGAGCCGAUGUGGAAGAUUUCUUUAAAGGUGCUGGUGAGGUGGUUGAUGUUCGCUUUGCCUUAGAUCAAGAUCAGAGGUUCAAGGGCUUUGGACAUGUUGAGUUUGCCACCAUUGAAGCCGCACAUGAGGCUCUUAAAUUGAAUGGUCAAAGUUUAAAUGGUCGGGAGGUUAGACUUGAUUUGGCUCGGGAAAGGGGUGAAAGGGCCCCAUACACUCCAUAUAGCGGCAAAGAUAACUCAUUCCAGAAGGGAGGAAGAAGCCAGACUCAAAAGAUAUUUGUUAGGGGGUUUGAUAAGUUCCUUGGGGAGGAUGAGAUUAGGAACUCCCUUGGGGAACAUUUCAAGACUUGUGGGGAAAUUACCAGGAUAUCUCUCCCAACAGAUUAUGAGACUGGUGCUAUCAAGGGGAUGGCGUACGUUGAAUUUCAGGAUGCUACUGGUUUCAAUAAAGCGUUAGAGUUUAAUGGCAGUCAACUUGGAGACCAAUACUUGACUGUUGAAGAGGCAAAACCACCAAGGAAUGAUAAUAACCGUGAUGGUUGGGGCAGUGGUGGUCGAGGUGGAGGCAGAAGUGGUGGUGGUAGGAGUGGCGGUAGAGACGGCGGAGGCCGAUUUGGUGGUAGAGGUGGAGGUGGUAGAGGUGGUGGUCGUGGCAGAGGACGCGGAGGACCUAAUAGGCCCAGUAUGACAGCCUCUGGUAAGAAGACAACAUUCAACGACGAUGAUGAGUGAAGUAGAGAAGAAUCUUAAAUAUAUUUGAUGAAGCAAAACGUUUAUUUUGGUGGCUCCAGCACAGUAUUUUUGUUUGGCUUGGUUAUUUUUGUUAGUUAGUAUUUAAGUUUUUGGUUUCAAGUGCUUUGCUACAUUUUACUCUAGUAAUUUGUGUUCUUCCAUAUUAUAUAUACUUGAGGUACUAUGCUAGUUGAGUAUUUUCAA